AUGUUUAUCCAACUGGUAGUCACAGGGUAUUCGUUUCUGUGUGCCCUUCUCUCUGAAUACAUCACAAAAUAUUUUGUGACAGGUAACACGGAUUAUUUGUCUUACGUCGAUGCUUUAGAAAAAAUCGACGAAAAACUCGCAAAACUCGGAGGGUACGAAAAUAAGAAGAAAAUCGACAAAUUGAACAAAGACAAGGAAGAUAUCAACCAAAAGAUCGCGUUCAUCAAAUUCAAACCAAUGAUCCUCAAUGUCGUCAUCAUGAUCGUUUCUACUAUUCUCGUCAAUUAUCUCUUCGACCCACAACCAGUCGGAAUACUCCCUUUCGAACCAUUUGGGUUCUUCACUCGUGUCACUCAUAGAAACUUGCCGGGAGAGAAUAUGCAAGAAUGCUCAAUCUUCUUUUUCUUCAUAUUGACACGAAUGACUCUGAAACCAAUUUGCGCUCAACUCUUUGGGAACGACAACGUGAAUGAGGCAAGCUUCAUGAAUGCAUUCAUCCCGAACUCUGAGGCAUUCAAAUCCGAAUAA